ACGCAUGCGUCGUUCUUAACAUGUUGUCACUGUUACGUUCAAGCUUCAGGCGACUUGUAUUUGUGCCAGGUGUAUUCAGACAGUUGAGCGACAAAUCUGCAGAUGGAAAGUUAAUUUGGGAGGGUUACACAAGAAAUUACAAAGGCCAUUUGCCACCCAGAAGGACAAGAUUGAGAUGCUACAGGAAACUGUAUCAGACUGGUACUUACGUCGUUUCUGGAAACCCCUGUCCAAUCUGCAAAGACAAAAUCAAGAUUGACCACCAGGAUACCAAACUGUUGAUGCAAUUUGUUUCGCCUCAUUCGGGAGAAAUUCUUCCAGCUUCAUUGACAGGUUUGUGUCGAUUGCAGCAGAGAAGAAUGGAGGCGGCGAUCGAAAAAGCUCGCGAUUAUGGCCUCAUUCCCAUGACCGUUCCAAGACACAAGUUCGACAAAUACUUCUAUCACAAAUGUCCGAGUCGAUAGAUAGAACCAGUGUAGAACAGAGUCGUAAUCGAACAAGUAAUACUACAACUAGUAAAAAGUGAGCUUAAUCACUAUGCAACUGUUUCUGUAACAACGGAAUUACUGAUUCUAUU